UACCAUGACGACCAAUUUGAUUUCUUCCCAAAAUGUGAGGAUCGGUUAAGACAUGGCUCGGCCGAUCGUGAAGAAAUCUGCAGGUGAAAACAGGGCUGUAAACCAGUCCAGUCCCUCCCCUGUUGUCAGCAAUACUCCAGCCAACCAGGCUAAUGGAGCUUUACCUGUCGUCAAACAAGACACGUGGCCCGACGUGCCAACCCUCGGCCUUAAUGAUCGGAGGCUGUGUUGUCGGACUCCUCUUCGUAUUCUUCCUCGUCGUUUUAAUAAGAAAAUGGCGUCGUCCAAAGAAGAAUUUCUUUGAUCUUGAUUUGGAGGAAUUCAGUGAUUGUGAAGUUUCCCGUUCCGCUCCGAUUUCAAGACAAGCUUCUCCAAGGCUUCACAAGAAACGAGGAUCUUGCCCAAACACAGCCGAACUCGUCAAACAGAAUAUCUUAGUUCGCUCGGUCACAUCUGAAGCAAUUCCAAAUUUUACCCUCCCUCCUGAAAGAAUCCAGCCCCGCUCCCCGUUUGAGAGGUCAGCAACAAGUUCUGCCUUCCAGUACCAGCAAGAUUUCCUAGAGUCCUUUCAGCCUGAACUUUAUCUGAACACCUGGCCGAGCGACGAGAGCGAACACGAGUUAGCGGCCAGCCGUCAUGGACGCCUGUGGUUCUCACUGAUUUACGACGCGACUGUGGAACAACUCUCUGUCACACUCAUCAAGGCGAAGGAACUGCCAGGUCGUAAUAGAGCCAAUUACACCAGAGACCCGUUUGUAAAACUGUUCUUACUACCUGACGAAAGGACAUGCAGAAUCUCGAAAAUGAAGAAGAAAACAUUGUCUCCGAUCUUUAACGAGACUUUCGUGUUCCAAGUACCCCCGUCCGAUCUGAUGAAUCGAUCUCUCAGACUCUCGGUCUACGACGUGGAUAGGCGUAAAGUGCGUCAUUCUUUAGGCCACGUGGUUGUCUCGCUUAAAGAGUGCGACCUGUCGAAAGGCGAUGUGUUGUGGCGAGACUUGGAAACUAUGGCUCAGCCAUCUGUAAACAUGGGUGAAGUGCAGUUUUCCCUUACCCACAUGCCAAACUUUGAGAAGGUAAAAGUCACCAUCCACCAGGUUCGCAACAUUCACCUGUCCCAGUGUGACAUGGACUCCGGGGCAUUCGUCAAAGUUCAGCUGAUCCACGGAAGGAAGGUUUAUAAGAGCAAACACACAGCUGUGCGCAGAGGAGUGACGGAUCUGGAGUUCAACGAGGGCUUCUCCUUUACGGUACCUGGUCGACAGUUUGACUCGUGCAAUAUCAUCGUCUCUUUAAUGACCACUGGACAGAAGUACCGGCUGGGCAAGGACGAGGAGUACGGCAGAGUAACCGUAGGGCCGUUCAUGUUUGCCAGGGGAGAGGAAUUGAUUCACUGGCAGGAGAUGCUCAGUCAACCUCGUCACGCCGUUACUAAAUGGCACGGCUUCGUACCACCCAAUGGCCACUAGUCAGGUUAUGUAAUAAAUUUACAUACAUGUUUAUUUAUAAGUUUUCAUACGUGUAUAUGACAUACACGUCCACAGGCCUCACAAAGAAAUAUAGUUACUAAUUUAUUGAGAGUUUAUUAUCUGCCAGAAUACAUGUUAUAUUAUAUAUAUUUUAUAACAUAUUCACAGGUAAUCGUGCAGAAUUAAAACUGUUUACAACAUGGUAUAUUUGAAUGGCUUGAAAUGGCGAUCGCUAAAACUGCCCGACUAUACUUCACUUGAUGCCACAAAUGAGCAAUCAAUCUCUUUGCUUACAAUCUGGGAAGAAAGUUGAAGGUGUUUGGAUAGAAGUCUUCAACGGGUUUAAAUGACGUUAAACAACAAUCAAAGAGUUUAUAUCUUUUUGCCUUUUUAAAACAUUUUUACAGACGUCGGGAUAAUUUCAAAACAGUCUGUACGCUGCUUCACAAUGCUGUUACCAGUUUUCUUUUAGGAUCAGACGGGGAUGAAAGUACUGACAUUUUUUGAAUGAUGAGCGUGUGACAUUGCCAUUUUUUACGCAAAUUUACGUAGAAUCUUGCGACAAUGCUAAAUGGACCUUAUCUAUUUAAAAGCGACAGACUUAAAGCCACAGAUAAGGGAGAAAGGAUAAGCAGAUCACUCCAUGCAGGGUAUGCUGUAGACCGGGAAUCAAACGGACAGACUAUUUGUAUUACAUGUUGUUUGGAGCUGUUUAUUUUUGAUGUGCCAUAUACGUAGGUAAUAAAAUAUAUACAAUUGUGAUUGGUUGUGGAAUAUUUAGACCGGUAUUAUAAAUAUGUCAAUUGCCUAAACCAGGCAUUUAUAGUAGAUAAAGUUAUCCUAAAUUAGUAUGCGAGGGAUACACUAUAGAUAUUUGGUAUGUAGAAAUGCUUCUGUUUGAAACUGCAAAGCAAACUGUAACAUGCAGAUAAACUGUUAAUGCGUUUGCUUACAAAUCAGUAAUUAAAUGUUAAAAAAUGUUUCCAUUUUAGGUUGUAAAAACAUACUAGUGAUGUUGUGUAAUGAUAUAUGAGUGAUAUUAAGAUUAUGACAACUCUAUAAAUCCGUGGCAUCAGUAUGCACCUGUUCUCUACCGUAAUCCGUGUCGUAGCAGCAAUCUGCCCAUUUUGUGUCACAACCACAAUGAUAGUAUCAUAAGCUAGCUUAUUCCGCAGGGGAGACUACUGGGUGUGCAUCGGCAUCCGAAGGGCGUAUUAGUAGUUUUGGGGUAGACAAGUCAUGUGAAUAAAC